UUUUGGCGAAUGCGAAAGAACUUUUAUACAAGAAGCAUCGAAGAAAGUGACUGUUAAACUAAAAUAGUUACUUGAAUUUGAAUUGUUGCUAGUUAAAUAAAAUAAAAUAAAUAUCAACUAAUUAACGCUUAAAUAAGCUCGUCCACCCGUUCCGUCUUUGAUCGCUGCGUUGUUACUAUGAUUUACUAUAUUUGCUUUAAUAUGUCUGUGCAAUUUCUGCUGUUGGUUCUUUUAAUUUGCUCAGUCAAUUCACAAAAUGACACAGAAUAUGCUAGCAAUGACUCCGCAGCCGGCACUGACAGUAAAUGCGGUGACACCAAACGCAUGGUUGACGAGUGUUUUAAGGAUUUGCCGCCACAUCUGAUGGAAUUUUUACAAACCACAAAGAUUGCCAUCAACGAACGCGACAUCACAUCCAAGUGCACAGUUUUCAACAGAGGUAUGAGAUGUUUCGACGACUACACGGCUCGCUGCUUAACUAAUAAAACACUCAACUUAAUUAAAAAUAACGUAGAGGGUGCUCGAAAAUUCUUUAUGCGCUUCUGCAGCGAUCGCGAGUUUCAAAAGGAUUAUUUGCAACACAAAGACUGCUUCAGUUAUAUACAGGAUGACUGGAUGCGUUGUACGCACAAUUUUCAGGAGAUUCUCACUGAAGAGCUGCAUGGCGAACAAACAAAUGUUACCAACAAGUUCAUGGAAUUUUGCUGCGCCCGACAUGCCUAUGAAAAUUGUAUCUACAACAGUGCUCGCUACAAAUGCUACAAGAACUCGGCCAAAUUUGCACGUGAUACUGCUAAAACUUUAUCGGAUGAAAAGCACUUUACCAACUGCCGUCAGUAUGAGAAUGCGCUUUGUAGUGUGGGCCAUGCGACGUCCCUCUACGUUGGAGGCAUGGAUGCCACGCUCGACUGGAUACAACUGUUGUUCGUGUGGCUACCCGCUGUGCUGUUGAUAAGUGCGAACAUUGGACGACGACAGGCAUAAAUAAAUCAAUGCCGAGUUUAUUUUUUAUUCUUCAGUAGCUACAUGUGUGCUUGUUUGUGUGAAGAACAGUGGCCAUUGUGUGACUGGAAAGGUUGAAUGUAUAGGGAUGCUUUGUUGGGAGCUCGAAUUGCCUUGGCUGGUUUAUGGCUAAAAGAAAUGUAUGAUGGCUUUUCAUGGUUGUUGUCAGUGAUGUCGUAUAGCUUGUAAGAAUAAAUAAAGUACAUACAUUUGUAUGUACCAGCUUAUGUGUAUACCCACUGCUCUCUCCACACGUUUUUAUAUAUAUGCACAUACGCACAUGCAAAUUAAGUUAAACAUGUUGUAACAUUUUAAUUCUGAUCUCAUUUUAUUUAUGCUUAAUUUUUAUAAGCGGUUAAGGUGUUUAGGAUAUUUAAAAUUAUGGACAAUAUUAUCUGAAUGGUAGAGUUGUUAUGGUGCGUGCCCACCUCUAAUUCAGUAACGCGGCAUUAAUAAACUAUCACAUUUCAAUACUCUAACUAAAUGCUUAUAUGGCAUAUCUCAUGAGAAUCAGUCGCCCCUGGGAUUUGUAUGUAGUAUGAAAAAUUCAGUUGGUCUGUAAGGUGCCACACCCCAUUUAUGUAUCGCUAUUAUUUUGCUCUAUAACCAUCCUUUCAAUGUCUGCAAUUGAUGCCCAAAAUUUCAAGAAAAA